AUGCACGCGGAGCCGAUAUCUGAGACGGAAGACGGAAUGAAAAUCUCGCCCGAGUACGAGGACGAGCCCUAUUCUCCUGAGUCCGCUCCGCACGCCAAGUCCAUAGAAGGAUGGAUCGUCUUGAUCACUAACAUUCACGAGGAGGCGACCGACGCGGACCUCCUGGACAAGCUAGCUGACUUCGGACCCGUCACCAACCUCCAAAUGCCGCUGGACCGCAGAACAGGAUACGUCAAGGGAUACGCCCUAGCGGAAUACAGAGAAGAAGAACAGGCGAAGCAGGCCAUCCAAAAGCUCAACGGCGCUAUGUUCAUGGACAGGGAGAUCAGCGUCAGUUGGGCCAUCGCGGAUCGCCCGAGAGCAACUUGA